CUUUGAUCCAAACCCUCCCCGUCAACGACACCACCGUUUACUUCACAUGGAGAGAUACUUAUCCAUACAAUCCAAACUCAGUUCAAGCAUUCCACUUGUUGUAUUUGAGACUCUCUGCUAUUACUGAAGACAAAGAAAUCUUGGCUGAAAUUGCUCAACAGUCCGAAAGACUGAACAAAUUGGCACAAAUUGACUACGAAGAAGUCUUGAGAGUUAAGGAAGAAAUCUCUAGAAAGGUCUUUGCUAAGGUUGGAACAACACAGAAAGGCUUCGAUGAGUUCAAGAACACCGCCAAAACGUGGUUGAUCCCGUAUUGUGUCUACAGAACUUUGGUUAAAUCCGUCGACACCCCACUCCCCCCAACUCCAAAAGACUUCGCCGAAGUCGAAAAGAUGUACGAAGAACACAAAGAAGAGUGCGAUUACUAUGCCUUUGUCCAAUACAACUUGCACCUCCAAUUAAAAGAAGCUUCUGAGUAUGCCACCAACAACAAAGUCGCUUUGAAGGGUGACUUGCCAAUUGGAGUUUCCAAAAGAUCGGUCGAAUGCUGGAUGCACCCAGACUUGUUCCAUCUUGACAAAUCAACUGGUGCGCCACCCGACUAUUUCUCUGCUGGUGAAGGACAGAACUGGGGAUUCCCAACUUACAACUGGGAAAAUAUGGCUAAAGACGAUUACGCGUGGUGGAAGGGAAGACUCUCACAAAUGGCGCAGUACUUCAGUGCAUAUAGAAUCGACCACAUCUUAGGGUUCUUCAGAAUUUGGAGUAUUCCAGCGGGACACCGAACUGGGUUGUUGGGAAGAUUUAACCCGGACUGGCCAAUUUCCAGACAAGAGUUGGAAGGGUAUGGCAUCUACGAUACCGACCGAUUGAGCUAUCCAUACAUCAGAGACCACACAUUGAAUGCGCUCUUUGGAUCCGAAAGAGACUUUGUUGUUUCAAAGUUCUUAGUAGACAAUUACAACGGCACAUAUAACUUGAAACCAGAGUACCAGACCGAAGGAGCUAUUCUUGAGA